AUGUCGGACGAAGGUAAGAUCAACGUGUUAUUCUGCUGCCUGGGCAACAUCUGCCGCAGCCCCAUGGCGGAAGCUGUAUUCGCAAAGAUGGUGAAGGAACAAGGACUAUCCAAUCACUUUGGCGUUAUUGACAGCUGUGGCACUGCUGAUUACCACGAAGGCGAAGAGCCAGAUCUUCGCACUGUGCGUGUGUGCAAGAAGCAUAACGUACCUGUCAAUCAUCUCGCGCGUGCGCUUCAACCCAACGAUUUUACCAAGUUUGACUAUAUUUUUGGCAUGGAUUCCAACAACCUCAAGAAUAUCCAACGUGCACAGCCCAAAAACUCGAGCACCAACGACGACAAUUCCACGAUCUAUGACCCCUACUAUAUUGGUGAUCAUGCCUUUGAUAGCGUGUUCGAGCAAUGCGAGCGAUAUUCGCGUGCCUUCUUGGCUCAUCUCAAACUGGGCCCGGGCGCACAAUUGUAA